GUACCAAGAGUCCAUGGGCAGUUGCAAUGGAAAGGUAAAAGUGAAACAAAAUGUACAAGGACAAAAUACAUCGGCUACUAAAGCUUCAGCAUCCAUAGCUGCUUGAGUGAUCAAAUCCAAGCGCAGUCAGACAGCUUUCAACCCUACCACCAGAUUCAAGGUUAUUGAUACCUCGUCAUUCUCUCUCUCCCGAUCUUUCUCCGCUACCCUUAGACAAAGAUGCCCAUCGCAGUUACACCGCCAGCGGCGCACGCCGCGCUGAAGGACACUGUCUUGUUCUCUCCCUUGAAGCUUGGCAAGCUCAACUUGAAGCACCGAAUUGUGCAGGCACCCAACACUCGCAUGCGAAGUGAAUUCGAGUCGCGUGGAGUUUAUGUCCCUGGCCCUCGUAUGGUGAAGUACUACAGCGAUCGCUCCAGUGAUGGCGGUCUUCAGAUCACUGAGGCGACCGACAUUGCCCUGAACGCUAGUGCUUACCCUGGUGUUCCUGGCGUCUUUACCGACUCCCAAUUACAGGGAUGGAAGAAGGUAACGGAUGCUGUCCAUGCCAAGGGCGGUUUUAUCUUCACUCAGCUGUGGCACACUGGACGGGCGUCUUGUAGUGCGCAGCGAGGUGGUGAGAGGGCUGUCUCCUCUGGUGAUCAGCCCAUGCCGGGUACAUAUCUGGAUGGCACUGAUACCAAGGAUGACCCGCCUCGAGCUUUGACAGUGGAAGAGAUCCAUAGCAUUACUGCCGAAUGGGCAGCUGCCGCCAAGCGAGCUGUUGAAGUUGCUGGGUUCGAUGGUAUUGAGAUUCAUGGUGCCAAUGGCUAUCUUCUUGAGCAGUUCCUUCACGACAACAUCAACAACCGAACUGACGAAUAUGGUGGCUCUGUCGAGAACCGAUGCAGAUUCCUCCUCGAGGUCCUCACUGCAUGCUGUGAUGCUAUCGGUGCUGACAAGGUCGGCCUUCGACUGUCGCCUUACAACUACUUCCAGGGCACUAAGGACAGUGACCCCAAUGCUCACUGGUCUUACCUCUGCGGCCAGAUCGCCAGUCUUCCAGACAACCACAAGCCUGUUUAUGUGCAUAUGAUUGAGCCCCGUUUCGACGAAGUUCUCGACGAGCAACAAAAGCUCGCUGCACUUGCCAAUGGCAGCAGUAAAGAUGGCGCUGCUGUUGAAGUUGGCAAGCAGGCAAACUCGCUCAACAUAUUCCGCAACAUCCUCAAACCUUCUGGAGUUGUAUUUUUGGCUUGCGGAAACUUCAACCGGGAUAACGCUCCUACCAAGAUUAAGAGUCAUGAGGCUGAUUUGGUUGCCAUGGGUCGACACUUUAUUGCCAAUCCCGACUUGGCUGAGAGAUUACAAAAUGGCUGGCCCCUCAACGCCUAUGACCGCAACACAUUUUACGGCGCUGAUCCUCCGGAGAAGGGUUACAAUGAUUAUCCUUUUUACAACCCUUCACAAGAGGUGAAGACUGAAGCGUGAACUGGGAGUCUAGCAGCGGAAGACGGUAUUAUAGACUACAUAUUGGUAUGGGUUUGCUUAGGCAUAGCUGAAUAAAUACUUGACCAAAUGACUUUAACAAUAUUGAAAGUGAUAAAGUAAAGCUCAUCUAUCUGAGUGUUUGCUGGUCGUAC